UUGGACCUGUAAUACUAAUACACAUUGCUGGCAGUUCAUUUUAGUCAGAAGCCUGGAGCGCUGGUUUGAAAAAUCUCGUCACAUUGGCUCGAUGAUAUCAUCUCAAAGAUCCUGGUGUUAUGCAGCUAAAACAUUACUGAAUUGUAUCGUGCACCGGAAAGCUGUAGAUAUCUGGAGAUUGUCAUUGGAUUGGAUUGGGUAAGUGGGGGUACUAAUUUGUAACUGGACUUGAGAAUUCAAGUCUUCCUGUCCUUCAACUAAGAAAAGGGGCAAGCACCUUGGUGCUGUCGAACAUUCUUAGUUCGGUCACAGUUUGGUACUUUGGCUGUAAAACAGACACAGUUUGCAUUUCGUAUUCUGGGUAGUCUAGAUGUGAGUCUUUUCCCUCUGAAUAAACUGGCAAAACCAGUGCCAGUGAUAUAGCCAGUAACCGAAUGGAGACUAACUUUCAACUUUCAAUUGAGUCUAGGCCAAGUCUUGAUUAACCAGAAUGAAGAGAGGAGCAAGGAGGGUAAGAGGUAAAGAAAGGAGGAUUAUAAUGACCAAACUGCAAAUGGAAAGAUGCCAUCCAAUUCGUUCUGAGCAGACACCAGCACAAUGCUCCAUUCGUUCAGUUCCCAGAGAGGAGACAUUCAGUUCUUUUAGAACAGAUUCCCUGGCAGCAGUUCAACACAAGGCACAAAAAGAGUCUAUUGACCAUUCAACUCACAUAGGGGAAUCAUGCAUUGAGACACUUAAUAAAACUAUUGCAAGGUCUAGUUCAAGGAAAGCUAGGUUGCAGUCAAACAAUGUCUCAAGUACUAUGGGGCAGGAAAGAACAGAGCCUCUCAAUCAAACUGUUGCCCUGGAAAAAACACAAGCUGACAAGACAACUGGAUGGAAUCAGAAGAAAAAUAUGAGCAGCAAGAAUGUUGGUGAGAAUAAGAAGAGGAAAAAUAAGGACCUUCUGAAUUCUCCAAAUGGUGGACUCUAUCUUAGGCGUAGUAAGCGCUUGACAAAACAGCCAGAACAACCAAUAAACGAUGAUCCUGUCCAGCAGCCAGCUGCUUCUCCAAACCAAUAUAAUUCUGAUCCUCCAGACAUUGACCGACUCAUUGCCAAUCUGUGUCCCAGUCCAUCGCCUCGGUGCCAAAUGCCUCAAGCAUGCUCAAGUGAGUCGGGCAAUGCCGAUGCACCUGCUUUACCAGCAUCUUCAAAUCGUGAUGUGCCUCAAGCUGAGAAAUUCCCACACUGCUACAGUCAAUUGUACCCUCCAGAGAUCAAGGGUACAAACCAGCUUGAUAAAAGUUGUGAGCAGGUGCAGCCACAGUCAUCAGAGCAGGUUGUGCAUGCGCAACAGCAGGAUGCAUAUAGCUAUCAUCCCCUAUUAAGAUCUCGUCGUAAAUCAUCAGCUAGGGGCAGGGGACGUCGUCCUACAAGACUGAUUGAACCACGUAGGGAAUAUGACAGACCUGUAUUGAUACCAAAUAAUAUCGAUAACUGGGAUGUCAACCCACUUUGUCCCAAGGUGGCCUCUACCCUCACUGCUAUUUUGAAGCAGAACUACCCUGGGUCAACCUAUUUACCAGUUGGUCAGCAUGGUGAUGGUCUAGCUAAUGGGGAAGUGGUUUAUCGCUGGAAACACUAUCCCCCGGAGACAAGGGCUGCUAUUUUGAAUGAAUUUCUUCAAAGGUACAAGUGGGCCCCUGGCCAUGAGGCUGAGUGCCUGAAGAUAUUUGAGCGCAGAGCAGUCAAACAGUUUACUGGACUCCUAUGCGAAGAGAAGCGAAGGGUUAGAGCAGAGUUGGCUGCAGCAAAAAAAGCCAAAAAAGCUUCAGGUUCUUGCAGAUCCAAUAGUCAUACAGAGUCAGAGGAGGAAGAUGCUAGAGAAGAGCCAAAGGACAAUCAGACGGAUGAGGUAAACGAGGACGAGGACCCUAUACAGUGGAAACCCUUCCCUCCUUCAUGGAUGUACCCGAAUUGGUGGGAGAGAUUGUGUGAUUAUUGGGCAAAAGAAGAAGUCUUGAAGAUGUCUCUGCAGUAUAGGAAGAAUCGGUUUGUUGGAGGUCGUGCCCAUCACACAUCAGGUUCUCGGAGCUUUGCUAUGCAACGACAGCUUAUGAUCAUAGAGAAUGGUGGGAAGCCAGUAUCAGAAGUUGAGAUUUUCAGCAAGACCCAUAAGUUUAAUGGUGGCACAGGAGAAUUUGUCAGCGAGAAAGCAAAACGAAUUGUGGAAGGUUUCAAGAAGCGUAUGGAGGAGGCUGGUGAUAAACCUGUGGAUCCCGAUGCUGCAUGGGUACAGCAAGUGGGAGGCUGGAGCCGUGGGAGGUACUAUGGACUCACUGGCACCAUCGACAAGGCCAAAAUUGAUGAGUUAGCAAAGUCCCUCCCUGGUGGUUCUGGUAAGCGGGGUCAGCACAAGUUCUCACAGGAGCAGGUCCAGCAGAUGAUCAAUCAGGCUCUGCAAGGUUUAAAUGAAACUUGGGAGGAAAAAUUUAAAUCCCUGGAGCGAAAUGUGCGUGGUGGUGGUGCGCCAUUGUUAGGUGUUGAUCAUGAGCAUGCCCCUGGGUCUUCUGAAGCUGGAGGAGAUGUUCAGCAGGACCAGUCAGGACAUCAGGAUGGAUCAGACUCGCACCAUGGUGAAAGACGUCGAGGUGCGAGACACCACGAUGAGGACGAAGACGAGGACUAUGAGGAGGAAGAGGACAUGGUGUCUACGAUCGAUUGAUGUGCAUUGCCACGUAAAAUUUUGGCCUUGUAAUGUGUAACCUGCACUGCAUCUAACGCUGUUCCUGUGUCAGUCUUUUGGAGGAAUGCUGAAACGCACUGGUAUUCUCUGCUGCUAUGCUAACGCCGUUGAUUGAACUCUACCCAGACGGGGGCAAAA